AAAAAUUUUGGUUUUUCCAUCUCUCUCCCAGAUUCUCUCUGUGUGGUGCUGCAAACAUGGCGUCUCUGGACACCGAUAUUAACAUGGUUCCCGUCGGCGAGGGUUCGAGCGGCGCCGGUCCUUCAUCUUCAACGAAGAAACCUAAGCGAUUCGAGAUUAAAAAGUGGAAUGCCGUAGUCCUUUGGGCUUGGGAUAUUGUGGUGGAUAAUUGUGCAAUUUGCAGGAAUCAUAUCAUGGAUCUUUGUAUAGAGUGUCAAGCUAAUCAAGCUAGCGCGACCAGUGAGGAGUGCACAGUAGCUUGGGGUGUGUGCAACCAUGCGUUUCACUUCCACUGUAUCAGCCGAUGGCUCAAGACCCGACAAGUGUGUCCCUUAGAUAACAGUGAGUGGGAGUUCCAAAAGUAUGGCCACUAGAGUUGGAAUGGUGCUAUGGGACUUAACAUCUAUAGCAGCAGCUGAUUUUGUUGCUUGAAGUGGAUAACUCCGAUCAACAAAUAUAGGUCCCUUUUUAUGUGAUUAUUGUAAAUCCGAGAACGCCGAGAAGCAAAACUGAGUGCUUGAAGUAAGAGAACCCUGGAUUAUUGAUGUGUUUUACUUUCCUAGUAAUUUCUCUAAUGUUUUUGAAGAAUUCUGGACCUGACCCACGUUUCAGAAUGGGUUUGGCAGGA